AUGGCCAGAAAGCAGCACUACCUGACGGCAUGGGAAUGGCGCGCCGGUGACACAAACGGUAUCUGCCAGGCCGAUUCGCUCAAGGAGUGGAAGGCCGUGGCCUCCUUCCCCUCCGUCGUGCAGAUGGAGCUCGCCGCCCACAAACUCAUCCCCGACUACAAAAUUGGUGAGAAUGAGCGCGCGAUACAAUGGGUCGGGGAGGUCGACUGGGAAUACAGGACCUCGUUCGCCACGCCCGAAGUCCAGGGAAACAUCGAUCUCGUCUUCGAGGGCCUAGAUACCGUCGCCACUGUCACGCUCAACGGCACCGAGAUUCUCAAGAGCGACAACAUGUUUAUCCCCGCACGCGUGCCUGUGAAGGAGCAUCUCAAGCCCGCCGGUGAAGCCAAUGAGCUGCACAUUGUGUUCGAGAGCCCCGUCAAGGCGGGAAAGGUCUUGGAGGGCAAGUACGGCGAGCGCAAGUCUAUGAUGCGGGACAGGAAGCGCAUGCACCUCCGAAAGGCUCAGUGUCACUGGGGCUGGGACUGGGGCCCGGUCGUGCUUACCUCCGGGCCUUAUCUGCCCGUCUACCUAGACGUCUACGAGACUAGGAUCGACUCCGUGCAGGUACGAACUACCCUGAAGAGGGAUCAUUCGGCGAGUCUUGCCACGACCAUCAUUGAAGCCGUGAACGCCAAGGAAGGGACCUCGGCUAAGGUGACCGUGACCGAGGGCACCUCCGAGAUAGGAACGGGUACUACCACCCUCGACGCAUCGGGCAAAGGCCUCGUUUCACUCGACAUCAAGUCACCUAAGCUCUGGUGGCCCAGCGGCCAAGGCGAUCAGAACCUAUAUACCGCCCACGUCGCUCUCGUGUCAUCCGAUCAACAGACGGUUGAUGAAACCUCGACACGCUUCGGCAUCCGCACUGUUGAGCUCAUCCAAACCCCUUUGAAAGAUGAACCCGGCACUACCUUCAUGUUCCGCGUCAAUGGCCGCGACAUCUUCACUCAGGGCGGCGACUGGAUCCCCGCGGAUAAUCUGUUGCCCACCAUCAUGCGCGAGCGUUACUUCGACUGGAUGCGCCUCGCCAAGUUCAACAACCUGAACAUGAUCCGCGUGUGGGGCGGCGGCAUCUACGAGACCGACGACUUCUUCGACGCCUGCGACGAGAACGGACUGCUCGUGUGGCACGACUACGCCUUUGCCUGCGGGGACUGGCCCAUACAUGACGAGUACAUUGAGAGUGUGAAGAAGGAGGCCGUGGUUCACACUAAGAGGAUGCGGAAUCACCCGUCCUUGGCGCUCCUUUGUGGCGGCAACGAGGAUUUCAUGUUGAAUGACUGGGACAAGGUUGAAUACGACCACGACGACCUCGUUGGACCCUUUGACAACACCAACUUCCCCCAACGCAAAAUAUUCCUUGAUGUCCUCCCCAAGGUCGCCAAGGAACACUGUCCCGACGUUGCCUACUGGGCCAAUUCGCCAUGGGGCGGCCGGACGGCGAACGACACUACCGUCGGCGACAUCCACCAAUGGUCCGUGUGGCAUCUCGAACAGCUGCCGUACCAGGAGUACAAGAACGUCAGCGGCCGCUUCGUGUCCGAGUUUGGCAUGCACGGCUUCCCCAUCAAGCGCACCGUCGACCACUUCACGCGCGGCGCCCGGCCCGAGGAGCGACACCCGCAAUCGCGCCUCAUCGACUGCCACAACAAGGGCCACGGCGCCCACACGCGUAUCGCGCGCUAUCUCGCCGAGAACUUUCGCUUCGACAUGACGUCGCUCGACAACUUCGUAUACUCGUCGCAGCUCAUGCAGUCCGAGGCCUACGGCUACGCCCUGCGCUCGUGGAAGCGCCUGUUCAACGGCGAGGGCGAGCAGAAAUGCGCCGGCGCCAUCAUCUGGCAAUUCAAUGACAUCUACCCUGUCACCUCGUGGGCGUACGUCGACUACUUUCUCCGGCCCAAACCCGCCUUUUACACCAUCCGCCGCGAGUUCGCCCCCGUCACCGUCGGCGUCGAGAGGAAACCCGCCACGCGCUGGGUCGACGAGGAUAAGGCCAAUGCGUCGGUCGUCCCCAGCUUCGAAAUCUUCGCGCACAACACGUCGUCCGAGGAGGUCGUCUGCGAUCUCGUGCUGCGGGCGUACGACUUUGCGUCGGGUCAGUAUACCGAGCUCGGGGACGCCACCAAGCGCACCGUCUCGCUCAAGGCCGGGCGAAAUACCGAAAUCCGGACCCUGAAAAGUGUCCCCUCAUGGACCGAAGACACGCUCGUCGUGCUGGAAGCCACCCUCGUUAGCGGUUCCGGCAAGGAGCUCGCUCGCUUCGUCGACUGGCCCGAGCCGUACCGCUACCUCUACUGGCCCACCGGCACCAACCUAUCUGUGACUGUGACCGACGCCGCGGAGAACUCCGAGGGCUGGGAGAGUAUUGUCACUGUGUCUUCUGAGCAGGCGCUCAAAGGCGUAUGGUUGGAGCCCGUGUACGACGGGAGCGAGAAGGAGGAGGACCCGGAGCCUUUGUGGGAGGACAAUAUGGUAGAUCUGCUACCGGGAAGCGAGAGGGCUCUCAGGGUCAAGGGGCUGAAGGGACGAAAAGUGCAUGGGAGGUUCUUGGCGGACUGGGAGGUAAAGAGGGAGUAG